CACUCUCUAUGGUGACUUCCUGGUGCGUCGAGCGUAAAUGACGCAUGCGCGCUAUGGUCCUCCCUUUCCGCUCGGGUCCUAAAGCAAGAUGGCCAAACGCACCAAGAAGGUUGGCAUUGUGGGUAAAUAUGGGACCCGUUAUGGUGCUUCCCUAAGGAAGAUGGUCAAGAAAAUUGAAAUCAGCCAACACGCAAAGUACACCUGCUCCUUCUGCGGCAAGACCAAGAUGAAGAGGAAGGCUGUUGGAAUUUGGCACUGUGGUUCCUGCAUGAAAAUCGUAGCUGGAGGAGCAUGGACCUACAACACCACCUCUGCUGUCACCGUGAAAUCCGCCAUCAGAAGACUGAAGGAAUUGAAAGACCAAUAGAUCAACCAUGCUUCUAAAAUUCUGCUCCUUGUCGUCUGUUUUUCCAGACUGUUCUUUAAUAAAGAAUGUCUUGUAAAAUGGGAAA